AACUAUUGAAGCCCGCUUUCAGGUUCUUUUCCCCAUUUCCCCUUUGCAAGGAAGACUUCUGGCUUCUUUUAAAUCUUCGUUCUCUGGGUAGGAGGAGUCCAAGCCUCUGUCAUGAGGAACGGAAAUGUGAGGGCCUCGGGUGUUACUCUAAAAUCCGCCCUCAGCUUGCACGCCGGAAGCUGCAAUUUCUGCAGCGGAAGAGGCGUGACCUGGCCUUCGACUCGCUAUGUCUACUAACAAUAUGUCGGACCCACGGAGGCCGAACAAAGUGCUGAGGUACAAGCCCCCACCGAGCGAAUGUAACCCGGCCUUGGACGACCCGACGCCGGACUACAUGAACCUGCUGGGCAUGAUCUUCAGCAUGUGCGGCCUCAUGCUUAAGCUGAAGUGGUGUGCUUGGGUCGCUGUCUACUGCUCCUUCAUCAGCUUUGCCAACUCUCGGAGCUCGGAGGACACGAAGCAAAUGAUGAGUAGCUUCAUGCUGUCCAUCUCUGCCGUGGUGAUGUCCUAUCUGCAGAAUCCACAGCCCAUGACGCCCCCGUGGUGAUAUCAGUCUAGAAAGGUCACAUUUUGGACCCUGUUUAUCCACCAGGCCUGGGCUUUGGCUGCUCAACCUGCUGCCCUCAGCUGCCAUCCUGGACUUCCCUGAAUGAGGCCGUCUCAGUGCCUCCAGCUGGAUGGAGGGAACCUGGCCCUUUCCUAGGGAACACCCUAGGCUUACCCCCCUGCCUCCCUUCCCCUGCCUGCUGCUGGGGGAGAUGCUGUCCAUGUUCUAAGGGUAUUCAUUUGCUUUCUUGUUGUCGCCUGUUAAUAAUAAAGUUUUUCACUCUGGC